GGCCGCCGCUCUCCUUGCGCGACUUCCGGGACGGAGGCGGGGACUCGGAGGCGCACGGCUUCCGGCGCGAGGUUCAGCCGCCGUGUUGGUUCGGCCCAAUGGCGGCCCCGCUGCUUCACACGCGGUUGCCCGGUGAUGCGUCUGCUCCGGCCUCUGCAGUCAAGAAGCUGGGCGCGUCGAGGACCGGGAUUUCAGAUAUGCUUGCCUUAGAGAAUGAUUUUUUCAAUUCUCCCCCAAGAAAAACCGUUCGGUUUGGUGGAACUGUGACAGAAGUCUUGUUGAAGUACAAAAAGGGUGAAACAAGUGACUUUGAGUUGUUGAAGAACCAGUUGUCAGAUCCAGACAUAAAGGAUGACCAGAUCAUUAACUGGCUGCUAGAAUUCCGCUCUUCUAUCAUGUACUUGACAAAAGACUUUGAACAGCUUAUCAGUAUUAUAUUGAGGUUGCCUUGGUUGAACAGAAGUAAAACAGUGGUGGAGGAAUAUUUGGCUUUUCUUGGUAAUCUUGUGUCAGCACAAACUGUCUUCCUCAGACCGUGUCUCAGCAUGAUUGCUUCCCAUUUUGUACCUCCCCGAGUGAUCAUUAAGGAAGGCGAUGUAGAUGUUUCAGAUUCUGAUGAUGAAGAUGAGAACCUUCCUGCAAAUUUUGACACAUGUCACAGAGCCUUGCAAAUAAUAGCAAGAUAUGUCCCAUCGACACCAUGGUUUCUUAUGCCAAUACUGGUGGAAAAAUUUCCAUUUGUUCGAAAAUCAGAGAGAACAUUGGAAUGUUAUGUUCAUAACUUACUAAGGAUUAGUGUAUAUUUUCCAACAUUGAGACAUGAAAUUCUGGAGCUUAUUAUUGAAAAGCUACUCAAGUUGGAUGUGAAUGCAUCCCGGCAGGAUAUUGAAGAUGCUGAGGAAACAGCAGCUCAAACUUGUGUUGGGACAGAUUCCACAGAAGGAUUGUUUAAUAUGGAUGAAGACGAAGAAACUGAACGUGAAACAGUGGCUGGUCCUGAACGGCCUGAUCAGAUGGUACAUCCUGUAGCUGAACGCCUGGACAUCCUGCUGUCAUUGCUUUUAUCCUACAUUAAGGAUGUCUGCUACGUAGAUGGUAAGAUUGAUAACAACAAAACAAAGGAUUUAUACCGUGAUCUGAUAAACAUCUUUGACAAACUCCUGUUGCCUACUCAUGCCUCUUGCCAUGUACAGUUUUUCAUGUUUUACCUCUGUAGCUUCAAAUUGGGAUUUGCUGAAGCAUUUUUGGAACAUCUCUGGAAAAAAUUGCAGGAUCCAAAUAACCCUGCCAUCAUCAGGCAAGCUGCUGGAAAUUAUAUUGGAAGCUUUUUGGCAAGAGCUAAAUUUAUUCCUCUUAUUACUGUAAAAUCGUGUCUAGAUCUUUUGGUUAACUGGCUGCACAUGUACCUUAAUAACCAGGAUUCAGGAACAAAGGCUUUUUGUGAUGUUGCUCUCCACGGACCGUUUUAUGCAGCCUGCCAAGCUGUGUUCUACACUUUUGUUUUUAGACACAAGCAGCUUUUAAGUGGAAACCUGAAGGAAGGCUUGAGGUAUCUUCAAGGUCUAAACUUUGAACGGAUAGUGAUGAGCCAGCUAAAUCCUCUGAAGAUUUGCCUGCCCUCGGUGGUGAACUUUUUUGCUGCCAUCACAAAUAAAUACCAGCUGGUCUUCUGCUACACCAUCAUUGAGAGGAACAAUCGCCAGAUGCUGCCAGUUAUUAGAAAUACAGCCGGAGGGGACUCCGUGCAAACCUGCACGAACCCGCUUGACACUUUCUUCCCCUUUGAUCCUUGUGUGCUUAAAAGGUCAAAGAAAUUCAUUGAUCCUGUUUAUCAGAUAUGGGAAGACAUGAGUGCUGAAGAGCUUCAAGAGUUUAAGAAACCCAUUAAAAAGGAGACAGUAGAAGAUGAAGACGAUGAUUUUUUGAAAGGUGAAGUGGCCCAGAAUGAUACUGUGAUCGGGAUUACACCAAGCUCCUUUGACGCGCACUUCCGAAGUCCUUCGAGUAGUGUGGGCUCCCCACCUGUGUUGUACAUGCCAGACCAGUCCCUGUGACCCGGAGGAUUGGUGACCGAGAGGACUGAAACGAGCCACGUGCUUCCCCACCAAGCCCUUUGGCACCUGGUUCGUGCUGUCUGGGCGUUGCUUGAACUACAAGGAGUGUGUGGCUCAGGCAUCAUACUUGCAAAUCUGAACAGAAAUGUGGUUUUUUCUUUUUUGUUCUGACAGACAAAAUGAAAAGACUGAGUAUCAUGUGCAAUAUUUUACAGUGGGGUUGAUGAUAAAUUUUGAAGACUUCUUGUUUGUUUAAUGGGUACACUUUUUGUGUCACAGGUUUUUGACAUAAUUAAUUGUGAAAUUGCUAGUAUGGGCAGCAGCCCGUUUUAACAGAUUGUCUUUUUAACAUAGGCUUUUGUCAGAGGCAUCGUCAUAGGACUUUGUUGAUCUGCUUUCAGUGAAAAAUCCUCUCGGGUAAAUCCUCUGUUUACCUCUGUUUUACUAAAUUGUGUUCAUUUUGGCUACAUUGUUUAGCUUCUGCUGUAACUGUAUUUGUGUGCUGGGAUUUCAGUGGGGUGCAGAGAAGCUAGACAGAAAGUGGGGAGAUGGCCAGACCCGGUCUGGGAAUCCGAGCCCUGGAGGUGGUACUGAAAAGGAUCCCUAGGGACUUCAAAGACCAAUAAAAGUCCGUAGGGAAGAGAUUGAGGAUUUAGGGAAACAGAAUCAGACAAAUGGUGUACAGUAUAAAAAUGGAUUUUAAAGAAAAUUUGAGGUCCAGGUAAAUGUAAUUCCCCUUGACUGCAAGUGGGCCUGGACCUUCAUAAACACAUGACACAGUGCUUUACACUUGGGCUCUCAAGCAUCCUCUUGGAAUUGGAACUGCUCAUUGUAGCAGUUACAUCAAAUUAUUUUGACCAGUAUCAGUUGGUUAUUUUAUUUGUCCGAAGGAGGAAAAAAGCCUUUCUUUUAGGUUAUUCGGUGGAAUGGUUGUGCUAGCAACAAUAGACCGAAGUUACUACUGCAGUCUUUGUCUAAUGGCUGUGCAUAUCAUGGAUUUAGCUUGGGGAAGUCCUUCUCUCCAAGCUUCUUUUUGUAUUUUUAUAACUGAACACAGAGAGGGGUAGUCUAAGACACCCUCGCUUUGUAACCAAUUUGUGCAAGCGCUGCUAGAGUCAUUUUGAAGCUCAAGCACAUUUUUGCUUUCUUUCUUAUAUGUGUACUUUAUGUUUACUUGUGAAAAUGGCCACCUUUAAGCGUAUUUAUUUUUCUGCCACUUCUAUUUAUUUAAAGGCAAGCAAUAUUUUCUUGAUCACAAACAUUUUAUAAUGAAAUACUCUUUCCUAGGGCUUUGUAUGCUCUUGUGUAAUACUGAUGGCAAUGUAGAGUUUGAAUUUCAGUCUGUAAAUACUUUUUUGUAAAAUAGAAAUUUUUAUUGCUUUAAAAA